ACUUUCGCCAGAGCUCUCAAUGCUGAAGAUUUUGAUUUCAUUACGACUGAAGUGAAAUUUCCUUCUACAACGACGACCAUGGCACAGCUGUUGGCAGCGUAUCUAAUGAGCUCAGCUCCAGGAAAAGAUGUCAGCCAAAUGCGGAAAGUCUGUGAUACAUUCAAUGCACAUGUCGGACCGCUCUUUGAUCAGAUAAACAGAGGCGCACGACGAGAUGUCGGUCGUGGACGAGAUAGAGAAGACCAAGCGCGUGCAGCUACAAUACUUGAGUUGACGAGAUUCCUCAAACUUAUUCGGGUAAAAACUCAAUUUUUUGGGAAUGUAUUUUCGUUUUAA